UUGUGGCGGUACUGCGGGUGAGAACGGUCAAUAAUGAAGGUGGCUGCGGCGCGGCAGCGGACUCAGCUGCGCCGGGCGGGGGCGGCGCCGGGACCGCGCCUGUAGGACCUCGGGGCCGGCGCGGCGAGAUGGGGCCCCGGCGCGGGGAGUGAGGCGAGCGCGACGGCGAGCGGAACUUCAGCCGAAGGGGCUCUCCUGCUUCCCCCUCUGGCUCUUCGGCCUCCACCUGCAGCCCCUCGGCCCCCGCGUCCCGCGGGACCGGGACGGCAACGGCGGGGGCAUGUGGCGCUGGGUCCGGCAGCAGCUGGGUUUUGACCCACCACAUCAAAGUGACACAAGAACUAUUUACAUAGCCAACAGGUUUCCUCAGUAUGGCCUUUACACACCUCAGAAAUUUAUAGAUAACCGAAUCAUUUCAUCUAAGUAUACUGUGUGGAAUUUUGUUCCAAAAAAUUUAUUUGAACAAUUCAGAAGAGUGGCAAACUUUUAUUUUCUUAUUAUAUUUUUGGUUCAGCUUAUGAUUGAUACACCUACCAGUCCAAUUACCAGUGGACUCCCGUUAUUCUUUGUGAUAACAGUAACAGCCAUAAAGCAGGGAUAUGAAGAUUGGUUAAGACAUAACUCAGAUAAUGAAGUAAAUGGAGCUCCUGUUUAUGUUGUUCGAAGUGGUGGCCUUGUAAAAACUAGAUCAAAAAACAUUCGGGUGGGUGAUAUUGUUCGAGUAGCCAAAGAUGAAAUUUUCCCUGCAGAUUUGGUGCUUCUGUCCUCAGAUCGACUUGAUGGUUCUUGUCACGUUACAACUGCUAGCUUGGAUGGAGAAACUAACCUGAAGACCCAUGUGGCAGUUCCAGAAACAGCAGUAUUACAGACAGUUGCCAAUUUGGACACUCUUAUAGCUGUGAUAGAAUGUCAGCAACCAGAAGCAGACUUGUACAGAUUCAUGGGACGAAUGAUAAUAACUCAACAAAUGGAAGAAAUUGUAAGACCUCUGGGGCCAGAGAGUCUCUUGCUUCGUGGAGCCAGAUUAAAAAACACAAAAGAAAUUUUUGGUGUUGCUGUGUAUACUGGAAUGGAAACUAAGAUGGCAUUAAAUUACAAGAGCAAAUCACAGAAACGAUCUGCAGUAGAAAAGUCAAUGAAUACAUUUUUGAUAAUUUAUCUAAUAAUUCUUAUUUCUGAAGCCAUCAUCAGUACUAUCUUGAAAUAUACAUGGCAAGCUGAAGAAAAAUGGGAUGAACCUUGGUAUAACCAAAAAACAGAACAUCAAAGAAAUAGUAGUAAGAUUCUGAAAUUUAUUUCAGACUUCCUUGCUUUUUUGGUACUCUACAAUUUCAUCAUUCCAAUUUCAUUAUAUGUGACAGUUGAAAUGCAGAAAUUUCUUGGAUCAUUUUUUAUUGGCUGGGAUCUUGAUCUCUAUCAUGAAGAAUCAGAUCAGAAAGCUCAAGUCAAUACUUCUGAUCUGAAUGAAGAACUUGGACAGGUCGAGUAUGUGUUUACAGACAAAACUGGUACACUGACCGAAAACGAGAUGCAGUUUCGGGAAUGUUCAAUUAAUGGUAUAAAAUACCAAGAAAUCAAUGGUAGACUUGUAUCUGAAGGACCAACACCAGACUCUUCAGAUGGAAACUUAUCUUAUCUUAGUAGUUUAUCCCAUCUUAACAACUUAUCCCAUCUUGCAACCAGUUCCUCUUUUAGAACCAGUCCUGAAAAUGAAACUGAACUAAUUAAAGAACAUGAUCUCUUCUUUAAAGCAGUCAGUCUCUGUCACACUGUGCAGAUUAGCAGUGUUCAGACUGAUGGAAUUGGUGAUGGUCCCUGGCAAACCAACCUUGCACCCUCCCAGUUGGAGUACUAUGCAUCUUCACCAGAUGAAAAGGCUCUCGUGGAAGCUGCUGCAAGAUUUGGCAUUGUAUUUAUUGGCAAUUCUGGAGAAACUAUGGAAGUUAAAACACUUGGAAAACUGGAACGGUACAAACUGCUUCAUAUUCUGGAAUUUAAUUCAGAUCGUAGAAGAAUGAGUGUAAUUGUUCAGGCACCUUCAGGUGAGAAACUUUUAUUUGUUAAAGGAGCCGAAUCAUCAGUUCUCCCGGAAUGUAUAGGUGGAGAAAUAGAAAAAACAAGAAUUCAUGUAGAUGAAUUUGCUUUGAAAGGGCUAAGAACUCUGUGUAUGGCCUAUAGAGAGUUUACACCUAAGGAGUAUGAGGAAAUAGAUAGACAUUUAUUUGAAGCCAGGACUGCCUUGCAGCAACGGGAAGAGAAAUUGGCAGAUGUCUUCCAGUUCAUAGAGAAAGACCUGAUAUUACUGGGAGCUACAGCAGUAGAAGACAAACUACAAGAUAAAGUUCGAGAAACUAUUGAAGCAUUGAGAAUGGCUGGUAUCAAAGUAUGGGUACUUACUGGAGAUAAACAUGAAACAGCUGUUAGUGUGAGUUUGUCAUGUGGACAUUUUCACAGAACCAUGAACAUCCUUGAACUUAUAAACCAGACGUCAGACAGUGAAUGUGCUGAAAAGUUGAGGCAGCUUGCCAGAAGAAUUACAGAGGACCAUGUGAUUCAGCAUGGUCUGGUGGUGGAUGGGACCAGUCUGUCUCUUGCACUCAGGGAACAUGAAAAACUAUUUAUGGAAGUUUGUAAAAAUUGUUCAGCUGUAAUGUGCUGUCGUAUGGCACCACUGCAGAAAGCAAAGGUAAUAAGACUGAUAAAAAUCUCACCUGAGAAGCCUAUAACAUUGGCUGUUGGCGAUGGUGCUAAUGAUGUAAGCAUGAUACAAGAAGCACAUGUUGGCAUAGGAAUCAUGGGUAAAGAAGGAAGACAGGCUGCAAGGAACAGUGACUAUGCAAUAGCUAGAUUUAAAUUUCUCUCCAAAUUGCUUUUUGUUCAUGGUCAUUUUUAUUAUAUUAGAAUAGCUACCCUUGUACAGUAUUUUUUUUAUAAGAAUGUGUGCUUUAUCACACCCCAGUUUUUAUAUCAGUUCUACUGUUUGUUUUCUCAACAGACAUUGUAUGACAGCGUGUACCUGACUUUAUACAAUAUUUGUUUUACAUCCCUGCCUAUUCUGAUAUAUAGUCUGUUGGAACAGCAUAUAGACCCUCAUGUGUUACAGAACAAGCCCACUCUCUAUCGAGACAUUAGUAAAAACCGUCAACUAAGCAUGAAAACAUUUCUUUAUUGGACCAUCUUGGGUUUCAGUCAUGCCUUUAUUUUCUUUUUUGGAUCCUAUUUUCUGAUAGGGAAAGAUACAUCUCUGCUUGGAAAUGGCCAGAUGUUUGGAAAUUGGACAUUUGGUACCUUGGUCUUCACAGUCAUGGUUAUUACAGUCACAGCAAAGAUGGCUUUGGAAACUCAUUUUUGGACCUGGAUCAAUCAUCUUGUUACCUGGGGAUCUAUUUUAUUCUAUUUUGUAUUUUCUUUGUUUUAUGGAGGGAUUCUCUGGCCAUUUUUGAGCUCCCAGAAUACGUACUUUGUAUUUAUUCAGCUCUUGUCAAGUGGUUCUGCUUGGUUUGCCAUAAUUCUCAUGGUUGUUACAUGCCUAUUUCUUGAUAUUGUGAAGAAAGUAUUUGACCGACAGUUUCAUCCUACAAAUAUUGAAAAGGCACAGCUUACUGAAACAAAUUCAAGUAUCAAGUGCUUGGACUCCAUGUGCUGUUUCUCAGAAGGAGAAACAGCGUGCGCAUCUGUUGGAAGAAUGCUGGAACGAGUAAUAGGAAGGUGUAGUCCGUCCCAUGUCAGCAGGUUUUCCUUUGUGGUUACCAUGAGGUUUACAUAUAACAAAACAGUCCUUGAAGUUGAUAACAACUUAAUCAGAAAACAUACGCUGAAUGAUUCCAGACCUCGGGAAUAUAUUAAAACCCAGCAUUUGAUAUAUCUUGGUGAAUGUUCCAAGUGCACAUCAAGACUUUGUUUCUGGUUCUGCAUUUAAAGAGCUGGAAGUCACCACUCCAUCCUAGCAGCAAGUAAGAAGUUGAACAGGUAUUUUAAAACUUCUUGAAUUCAAAACAGACUGGAGGACAGAGGACAAACUGCUGCCCCAUAUUGGAAAGGCAGGCAAAUACAAAGACUGGAAAAAAAAAAAAAAACCAAUAUAUUAUGCAAGUACUUUGGUACAAUUACAAACGGUAUAACAUAUGUACAAUGGUAAUAUCAAUAAAAGAAAUAAAGGAAAAGAUGAAAUAUUUCAAACAACAACAGAUUUCCCCCAAGUUAAUGUCAGACACCAAACCACAGAUCCAGGAAACUCAGAGAUCACCAAGCUAAUCUGAAGGAAGCCAGAGGUAAGAAACAUUUUAUCUACAGAGGAACAAAGAUAAAUAUCACAUCUAACUUCUCAGAAGCCAUGUGAGCAAGAAAAAAAUGGAGUGAACUAUUUAAAUUUUUGAGAAAAAAAUAUCACCAACAUAGAUAUCUGUACUCUGCAAAACUGUUCUUUCAAAACUAAAGAAAUAAACACUUUCUCAAACAAAAACUGAUGGAAUUUGUUGCCAGUACACUCACCAUAUAAAGAGAAUGAAUGUAAUAUAGGUCAAAAACGCAGAUCUAUAUAAAAUAAGGAAGAGCAAUGAAGAAGGAAUAACUGAAGGUAAAAUAAAAGCUUUUAUUUUUAGUUGAUCUAACAGAUAACAGUUUCUUCCAAAUGCCAACAAUGUAUUCGAUUAUGUAUGCUUAGGUAUUUGUGUUAUGAAUAUGUAUGCUAAUGUAUAUGCUUAUAUAUAAGUGAAAUGAAUAACAGCAGUGAUACAAAGAACGGGAAGAAGGAUUUAGGAUUAUUUUAUUACUAUAAGGUACACUACCUGUGAUGUGUUAUUUGACAGAAUUGGAUUAGCUUUAAUUGUAUAUACAAAUUCUAGGGCACCCACUAAAAACAAGGUGGGAAAUAAAGUAUAACUAAUAUGCUAAGAAAGGAGAGAAAUGGAAUCAUAGAAAAUGCUAUUAAAACUACAAAAGCCAGAAAAAGAAUCAAAGACAAAAAUAGAACAAGGGCAACAAAUAGAAACAGUAAUGCCUAUGAUAGUAAUAGAAAUGUAUCAGUAAUGUUAUUUAAUCAGUAUGUUAUUUAAAUGUACCUAUUUAAAAAUAGAGAUUAGAGUGGAUCUAAAAACAUGACCAAACAAACAAUAUGUUAUCUACAAGAAACCCAUUUUAAAUACAAAGACAUAUAGAUUAAAUGUAAAUGGAUGGACUUCCCAGUGGUCCAGUGGUUAAGACUUUGCCUUCCAAUGCAGGGGGUGCAGGUUUGAUCCCUGGUCAUGGAGCUAAGAUCCCAUAUGCCUCAGGGCCAAAAAAAAAACAUAAAAGCAAUAUUGUAACAAAUGCAAUAACGAUUUUAAAAAUGGUCCUGGUCCACACCGAAAAAUCUUUAAAAAAAAAAUAAAUGGAUAGAAAUACACCACACUAAUGCUAAUCGAAAGAAAGCAAGAGCAGCUAUAUAAUUUUCAAGAAGAGCAGAUUUCAAAGCAAGGAACAUUUUCAGUAAUAAGGGCACUAGAUAAUGACAAAGGGAAGAUACAACAACUUUAUGAAGCUAUAAAAGAAGAUAUAACAAAUUUAAUGUGCAUGUGCCUCAAAACAGCAUCAAACUAUGUGAAGGAAAAACUAAUAGAAAUACAUAAAUUCACUGUCAGACUUGGAGAUUUCAACAACCCUGAUCAGAAGUGGACAGAUCCAAGCCAAAAAUCAGGAUAUAGUUGGACUAAACAACGUCAUCAAUCAACUGGAUAAAAUGGACAUCUAUAGACUGCUUUAUCCAACAACAGAAUACAAAGUCUUCUCAAGCUCACAUUAAACAUUCACCAAGAUAGACCACAUCUGGGACAUAAAACACACCUUUAAAAGAAUAGAAAUUAUGCAAUAUCUGCUCUCAGACCACAGUACAAUUAAACUAGAAAUAAGUAACAAGAAGAUAACUGGAAAAUUCUAAAAUACAUGGAGAUUAAGCAAUACUUCUAAAAAACACAAGAGUCAAUCAAAGAAGAAAUCUCCUCCAAGAGAAAUUUUUAAAAUAUUUUGAACUAAAUGAAAACACAACUUACCAAAAUUUGUGGGAUGCAGCAAAAGCAGUGUUUAGAAGGAAAUUUAUAACAUUAAAUGUAUAUAUUAGAAAAGAUACAAAAUUAAUAAUUAAAUAUCCACUUUAGGAAACCAGAAAGAGAAGGGCAAAUUAUAUCCAAAGUCAGCAGAAGAAAAGACAUAGUAAGAACUACAGCAGAAAUUAAUGAAAUUGAAAACAGGAUAUCAAUAGAGAAAAUGAGUGAAACCAAAAUCUGGUUCUUUGAAGGAAGCAAUAAAAUUGAUAAAUCUCUAGCCAGGCUAACUGAGGAAAAAAGGAAGGGAAACAAAUACUAAUAUCAGAACUGAAAGAGGAGACAUCACUACAGAUCCCAAAGACGUUAAAAGGAUAAUAAAGGAAGAUUCUGAACAACUCUAUGGCCACAAAUGUGAUUACCUAGAAUAAACAGACCAAUUCCUUUAAAUACACAAUUGUCAGGGAACCUACAAGAUGGCAGAGGAGUAAGACAUGGAGAUCACCUUCCUCCCCACAAAUACAUCAAAAAUACAUCUACAUGUGAAACAACUCCUACAGAACACCUACUGAACGCUGGCAGAAGACCUCAGACUUCCCAAAAGGCAAGAAAAUCCCCACGUACCUGGCCAUGUGGCUGACAGGGUCUUAGUGCUCCAGCCUGGUGUCAGGCCUGAGCCUCUGAGGUGGGAGAGCCGAGUUCAGGACAUUGGACCACCAGAGACCUCCCGGCCCCACGUAAUAUCAAUCGUUGAGAGCUCUCCCAGAGAUCUCCAUCUCAGCAGUAAGACCCAGCUCCACCCAAUGGCCAGCGAGCUCCAGUGCUGGAUACCCCAUGCCAAACAAUUAGAAAGACAGGAACACAACCCCACCCAUUAUCAGAGAGGCUGCCUAAAAUCAUACUAAGUUCACAGACCUGCCCUGCCCACCAGAAAGACAAGAUCCAGCCCCACCCACCAGAACACAGGCACCAGUCCCCUCCACCAGGAAGCCUACACAAGCCACUGAACCAACCACAUCCACUGGGGGCAGACAGCAAAAACAAGGGAACUAUGAACCAGCAGCCUGUGAAAAGGAGACCCCAAACAGUAAGUUAAACAAAAUGAGAAGAAAGAAAUAUGCAGCAGAUGAAGGAGCAAGGUAAAAUCACACCAGACCAAACAAAUGAAGAAGAAAUAGGCAGUCUACCUGAAAAAGAAUUCAGCGUAAUGAUAGUAAAUAUGAUCCAAAAUCUUGGAAAUAGAGUGGAGAAAAUACAAGAAACGUUUAACAAGGACCUAGAAGAACUAAGAGCAAAAAAACCCAAUGAUGAACAACACAAUAAAUGAAAUUUAAAAUUCUCUAGAAGGAAUCAAUAGCAGAAGAACGGAUAAGUGACCUGGAAGAUAAAAUAGUGGAAAUGACUACCACAGAACUGAAUAAAGAGAAAAGAAUGAAAAGAAUUGAAGACAGUCUCAGAGACCUCUGGGACAACAUUAAAUGCACCAACAUUCAAAUUAUGGGGGUCCCAGAAGAAGAAGAAGAAAAGAAAGUGUCUGAGAAAAUAUUUGAAGAGAUUAUAGUUGAAAACUUCCCUAAUAUGGAAAGAAAAUAGUCAAUCAAGUCCAGGAAGCACAGAGAGUCCCAUACAGGAUGAACCCAAAGAGAAACACACCAAGACACAUAUUCAUCAAACUAUCAAGAAUUAAACACAAAGAAAAAAUAUUAAAAGCAGCAGGAAAAAGCAACAAAUAACAUACAAGGGAAUCCCCAUAAGGUUAACAGCCGAUCUUCUAGCAAACACUCUGCAAGCCAGAAGGGAGCAACAGGACAUAUUUAAAGAGAUGAAAGGAAAACACUUGCAACCAAUAUUACUCUACCCAGCAAGGAUCUAAUUCAGAUUCAGUGGAGAAAUUAAAACCUUUACAGACAAGCAAAAGUUACGAGAAUUCAGCACCACCAAACCAGCUUUACAACAAAUGCUAAAGGAACUUCUCUAGGCAGGAAGCACAAGAGAAGGAAAAGACCUACAAUAACAAACCCAAAACAAUUAAGAAAGUGACAAUAGGAACAUACAUACUGAUAAUUACCUUAAAUGUAAAUGGAUUAAAUGCUCCAACCAAAAGACAUAGACUGGCUGAAUGGAUACAGAAACAAGACCUGUAUAUAUGCUGUCUACAAGAGACCCAGUUCAGACCUAGGGACACAUACGGACUGAAAGUGAGGGGAUAGAAAAACAUAUUCCAUGCAAAUGGAAAUCAAAAGAAAGCUGGAGUAGCAAUUCUUAUAGUAGAAAUAAUAGACUUUAAAAUAAAGACUAUUACAAGAGACAAAGAAGGAUACUACAUAAUGAUCAAAAUAUAACAACUGUAAAUAUUUAUGCACCCAACAUAGAAGCACCUCAAUACAUAAGACAAAUGCUAACAGCCAUUAAAGGGGAAAUCGACAGUAACACAGUUAUAGUAAGGGACUUUAACACCCCACUUUCACCAAUGGACAGAUCAUCCAAAAUGAAAAUAAGGAAACACAAGCUUUAAAUGACACAUUAGACAAGAUGGACUUAAUGGAUAUUUAUAGGACAUUUCCAUCCAAAAACAACAGAAUACACUUUCUUCUCAAGUGCUCAUGGAACAUUCUCCAAAAUAGAUCAUACCUCGUGUCACAAAUCAAGCCUCAGUAAAUUUAAGAAAAUUGAAAUCGUAUCAAAUACCUUUUCUGACCAAAACGCUAUGAGACUAGAUAUCCAUUACAGGAAAAAAAAACUGUAAAAUAUACAAACACAUGGAGGCUAAACAGUACACUACUAAAUAACCAAGAGAUCACACUAAAGAAACCAAAGAGGAAAUCAAAAAAUACCUAGAAAAAGAUGACAAUGAAAACACAAUGACCCAAAAUCGAUGGAAUGCAGCAAAAGCAGUUCUAAGAGAGAAGUUUAUAGCAAUACAAUCCUACCUCAGUAAACAAGAAAAAUCUCAAGUAAGCAACCUAAAUUUACAGCUAAAGCAAUUAGAGAAAGAAGAACAACAAAAAGUUAGCAGAAGGAGAGGGCUUCCUUGGCAGCAUAGUGGUUGAGAGUCCGCCUGCCGAUGCAGGGGACACGGGUUCGUGCCCCGGUCCGGGAAGAUCCCACAUGCCAUGGAGCAGCUGAGCCCGUGAGCCACGGCCGCUAAGCCUGUGCGUCCAGAGCCUGUGCUCCACAAUGGGAGAGGCCACAGCGGUGAGAGGCCUGUGUACCGCAAAAAAAAAAAAAAAAAAAAAAAAAAAAAAGGAAAGAAAUAAAGAUCAGAUCAGAAAUAAAUGAAAAAGAAAUGAAGAAAACGAUAGCAAAGAUCAAAAAACUAAAACCUGGUUCUUUGAGAAGAUAAACAAAAUUGAUAAACAAUUAGCCAAACUCAUCAGGAAAAAAAGGUAGAAGACUCAAAUCAACAGAAUUAGAAAUGUAAAAGGAGAAAUAACAACUGACACUGCAGAAAUACAAAGGACCAUGAGAGAUUACUACAAGCAACUAUAUGCCAGUAAAAUGGACAACCUGGAAGAAACAAAUUCUUAGAAAAGCACAAUCUUCCGAGACUGAACCAGGAAGAAAUAGAAAAUAUGAACAGACCAAUCAAAAGCACUGAAUUUGAAACUGUGAUUAAAAAUCUUCCAACAAACAAAAGCCCAGGACCAGAUGGAUUCACAGGCGAAUUCUAGCAAACAUUUAGAGAAGAGCUAACACCUAUCAUUCCCAAACUCUUCCAAAAUGUAGCAGAGGAACACUCCCAAACUUGUUCUACGAGGCCACCAUCACCCUGAUACCAAAACCAGACAAAGAUGUCACAAAAAAAGAAAACUAAAGGCCAAUAUCACUGAUGAACAUAGAUGCAAAAAUACUCAACAAAAUACUACCAAACAGAAUCCAACAGCAAAUUAACAGGAUCAUACACCAUGAUCAAGUGGGAUUUAUUCCAGGGAUGCAAGGAUUGUUCAAUAUACACAAAUCGAUCAACAUGAUACUCCAUAUUAACAAAUUGAAGGAUAAAAACUAUAUGAUAAUUUCAAUCGAUGCAGAAAAAGCUUUUGACAAAAUUCCACACCCAUUUAUGAUAAAAACUCUCCAGAAAGUAGGCACAGAGGGAACCUACCUCAACAUAAUAAAGGCCAUAUAUGACAAACCCACAGCCAACAUCGUUCUCAGUGGUGAAAAAAAUGAAAUCAUUUCCACUAAGAUCAGGAACAGGACAAGUUUGCCCACUCUCACCACUAUUAUUCAACAUAGUUUUGGACGUUUUAGCCACAGCAAUCAGAGACAAAAAAGAAAUAAAAGGAAUCCAAAUUGGAAAAGAAGUAAAACUGUCACUGUUGCAGAUGAUAUGAUACUAUACAUAGAGAAUCCUAAAGAUGCUACCAGAAAACUACUAGAGCUAAUCAAUGAAUUUGGUAAAGUAGCAGGAUACAAAAUUAAUGCACAGAAAUCUCUUGCAUUCCUAUACACUAACAACGAAAAAUCUGAAAGAGAAAUUAAGGAAACAAUCUCAUUCACCAUUGCAAUAAAAAGAAUAAAA